UCUUUCACACGCACACACCAAGCACACACACGCACACAGCAAAACAUAUCUGAGCCGAAAAGGAGCUGAGACAUGCCGGGAGUAAGAGGCCCGUCUGAUUAUUCACAGGAGCCCCCUCGUCAUCCAUGUCUUCAGAUUAAUGCCAAGGAGCCCUUCAACGCUGAACCACCUCGUUCAGUCUUGAUUUCCUCUUACGUGACUCCUGUGGAUUUUUUCUACAAGCGGAACCAUGGACCAAUUCCACUAGUUGAUGACUUAGAAAGAUAUUGUGUUUCCAUAACUGGUUUGAUUGAAAACCCCAAGGAUCUGUUCAUGAAAGAUAUCUGGAAUCUUCCAAAAUAUAAUGUCACUGCGACCCUACAGUGUGCUGGUAACAGAAGGACUGCAAUGAGCAAAACCAAAACAGUGAAAGGAGUUGGAUGGGAUGUUUCUGCUAUUGGAAAUGCUGUCUGGGGUGGGGCCAAAUUGGCUGAUGUUCUUGAACUUAUUGGGAUACCUAAGUUGACAAAUGCCACACCCUCAGGUGGAAAACAUGUUGAAUUUAUUAGCAUUGAUAAGUGUAAGGAAGAGAAUGGGGGUCCAUAUAAGGCAUCGAUUCCAUUAUGUCAGGCCACUAACCCUGAAGCUGAUGUUUUACUUGCGUAUGAGAUGAAUGGAGAGACUCUAAACAGGGAUCAUGGGUAUCCAUUGCGUGUAGUCGUCCCAGGUGUUAUUGGUGCCCGUUCUGUUAAGUGGCUUGAUUCCAUCAACAUAAUUGCAGAAGAAUGCCAGGGCUUCUUUAUGCAAAAGGACUAUAAAAUGUUUCCACCUUCUGUUAAUUGGGAAAAUAUCAAUUGGUCUACCAGGAAGCCACAAAUGGAUUUCCCCGUCCAGUGUGUUAUAUGUUCCCUAGAAGAUGAGAACGUGGUAAAGCAUGGAAAGAUAACUAUCAAAGGAUAUGCUGUGUCUGGAGGUGGGCGUGGAAUUGAGAGAGUAGAUGUAUCCAUUAAUGGCGGCAAAACCUGGGUGGAAGCCUCCAGAUACCAGAAGACUGGCGCUCCCUACAUUGCUGAUAUAGAUAGUGACAAAUGGGCGUGGGUAUUCUUUGAGGCCAUGGCCGAAAUUCCACAUGGUGCUGAGAUAGUUGCUAAAGCGGUGGAUUCUGCUGCAAACGUACAACCUGAAAAUGUGGAAACCAUUUGGAAUUUGAGAGGGAUACUGAACACUUCGUGGCAUCGAGUUCAUGUUCGAGUUGGUCACUCGAACAUGUAAGCUAUCUACAGGACUCAGCUGCAGAAUGGUCAGUCCGAGCUUUGAUAUGUGAAAUGAUUUUUGUUUUGCACGUGCUAAAAUUGUCGUUCGAAAUAAUGAUGACUGUUUGUUUUGUUGAUCUUGUUAUCAAUAGUCUUUCAUGUAAGCCUUUUUUUUUUAAAAAAAAAAAAAAAAAAAGUUAAAUUUUAUGUACUUUGUUUUAGUUUUAUUAAUAUUCUGACCUUUUGCUUCUAAAA